AUGCCGCGCGUGCACUGGACCGGCUUCGGCAAGUUCCACGGCGUCGCCGACAACCCGUCGGCGACGCUGGCGGAGCGGGUCGCCGCCAAGUUCGCCGACGACAGCUGGGAGGUCGUCGAGGUCUCCGGCGAGGCCGCGCGGGACGCGGCGCUCAACGGGAGCGACGCCGACGUCGUCAUCCACCUCGGCGUCGCCGUGGACUACGCGAACAUCACGCUCGAGCGCUGCGCCUACAACGACGCGACGUUCCGCUGCGACGACGAGCGCGGCUGGCGGCCGGCGGGCGAGAAGAUCUCGGCCGACUCGCCCUUCGGCGCGCCGUCGCCGACGCCCCUCGACGUCGAGGCCGCGGCCGCCAAGGCGAAGGACCUCGGGUUCUCCGUGGACGUCUCCGACGACGCGGGCCGCUUCGUCUGCAACUAUUUGUACUACUGUUCGCUCGAGCGGCGCCCCUGCGUGUUCGUCCACGUGCCG